GGCAGGGCGGCCCAGGCAGCCUCCCCGGGCACGGUGCACCCUCUCCCGGCAAGGCGCAUGGACUGAUCCCGGAGCGCAGCUCAGCACCGCACUACACCGGCCGCUGCUGGCUGGCCGAGUCUUCUCUCGCCCGCGGUUGUGCUCGGGGUUCUGUGUGGUCUGCCCCGGCCCCUCCGGCCCCUCGAGGUCUCCCACUCCUCACCCUCCAGCCAUCAACUUUGAAGGGUCCGUGCAUUGCGGGCCACAAGAUAUCCGAGAGCUUUCUUUAUUUCUGCUUUUUUUUCUGUGCGCCCCUUCCCGAGGGGACCCACUGGGAGCCAGUGCCCAUGGAUGUAAUAUUGGUCCUGUGGGUUUGUUUGAGCGCGGCCAGGUCAGUGGUAGGCUUUGGAAUGGACCCUGACCUUCAACUUGACAUUAUCACUGAGCUUGAUCUUGUGAAUACAACUGUUGGAGUUACUCAGGUGUCAGGACUACACAAUACCAGCAAAGCAUUUUUGUUUCAAGAUGUAGAAAGAGAGAUCCAUGCAGCCCCACAUGUGACCGAGAAGUUAAUUCAGCUCUUUCGGAAUAAAAGUGAAUUCACCUUCCUGGUUACUGUGCAGCAGAGGCCAUCCACUUCAGGAGUGAUUCUGUCUAUCCGAGAGCUGGAGCACAGCUAUUUUGAACUGGAGAGCAGCGGCUUGAGAGAUGAGAUCAGAUAUCACUAUAGAUUUAAUGGGAAAUCAAGGACGGAGGCUUUUCCAUACCGGAUGGCAGAUGGCCAGUGGCACAAGAUUGCUUUGUCGGUUAGCGCCUCCCAUCUUCUGCUCCAUGUGGACUGCAACAGGAUUUAUGAGCGAGUGAUAGACCCUCCGGAAACCAAUCUCCCCCGGGGAAGCAACUUAUGGCUUGGGCAGCGCAACCAAAAGCAUGGCUUGUUGAAAGGUGUCAUUCAAGACGUGAAAGUCAUCUUUAUGCCAAAUGGAUACAUCACACAAUGUCCUAACCUGAAUCGCACAUGUCCAACCUGCAGUGAUUUCUUAAGCCUGGUGCAAGGGAUAAUGGAUUUGCAAGAGCUUUUGGCCAAAAUGACUGCCAAACUGAAUUAUGCAGAAACAAGGCUCAGUCAGUUGGAAAACUGCCAUUGUGAGAAGACCUGUCAAGUAAAUGGACUGAUCUAUCGAGACCAAGACUCCUGGGUAGACGAUGAUCACUGCAGGAAUUGCACGUGUAAAAGUGGAGCUAUAGAGUGCCGGAGGAUGUCCUGUCCCCCUCUCAACUGCUCUCCUGACUCACUCCCUGUCCACAUCGGAGGCCAGUGUUGUAAAGCGUGCCGCCCAAAAUGUAUCUAUGGUGGAAAAGUUCUCGCAGAAGGCCAUCGGAUUUUAACCAAGAGCUGUCGAGAAUGCCGAGGUGGAGUUUUAGUAAAAGUGACAGAAGUGUGUCCUCCUUUGAACUGCUCAGCAGAAGAUCACAUUCUUCCAGAGAACCAGUGCUGUAGUGUCUGCAGAGGCCAUAACUUUUGUGCAGAAGGCCCCAAGUGUGGUGAAAAUUCUGAGUGCAAAAACUGGAACACCAAAGCUACCUGUGAAUGCAAGAGUGGUUACAUCUCUAUCCAAGGAGACUCUGCAUACUGUGAAGAUAUUGAUGAGUGUGCUGCUAAGAUGCAUUAUUGCCAUGCUAACACAGUGUGUGUUAACCUACCUGGAUCAUAUCGUUGUGAUUGUAUCCCAGGGUAUAUCCGUGUGGAUGAUUUCUCAUGUACAGAACACGAUGAAUGUGGUAGUGGCCAGCACACCUGUGAUGAGAAUGCAAUCUGCACUAAUACUGUCAGAGGACACAGCUGCACCUGCAAGCCUGGAUAUGUAGGGAAUGGAACCAUCUGCCGAGCCUUCUGUGAAGAGGGAUGCCGAUAUGGAGGGACAUGCGUGGCCCCUAACAAAUGCCUCUGUCCGUCUGGAUUCACAGGAAGCCACUGCGAAAAAGAUAUUGAUGAAUGUACAGAGGGAAUCAUUGAGUGCCACAACCAUUCCCGCUGUGUUAACCUGCCAGGGUGGUACCACUGUGAGUGCAGAAGCGGUUUCCAUGACAAUGGAACCUAUUCACUUUCCGGAGAAUCCUGUAUUGAUAUUGAUGAAUGUGCCUUAAGGACCCACACCUGUUGGAAUGAUUCUGCCUGCAUUAACCUGGCUGGUGGUUUUGACUGCCUUUGUCCUUCUGGACCAUCCUGCUCUGGGGACUGUCCCCAUGAAGGUGGUCUAAAGAGAAAUGGUCAAGUGUGGACUCUGAAAGAGGACCGGUGUUCUGUGUGCUCCUGCAAGGAUGGAAAGAUAUUCUGCCGACGGACUGCUUGUGAUUGUCAGAACCCAAGUGUUGAUCUCUUCUGCUGUCCAGAAUGUGACACCAGAGUUACAAGUCAGUGUUUAGACCAAAAUGGACACAAGCUCUAUCGAAGUGGAGACAACUGGACGUAUAGCUGCCAACAGUGCCGCUGCCUGGAAGGAGAGGUGGACUGUUGGCCACUCACUUGCCCCAACCUGAGUUGUGAGUACACUGCAAUCUCUGAAGGUGAAUGCUGCCCCCGUUGUGUCAGUGACCCCUGCCUAGCAGAUAAUAUUGCCUACGACAUCAGAAAAACCUGUCUAGACAGCUAUGGUGUGACACGACUUAGCGGUGCCAUCUGGACAAUGGCUGGAUCCCCUUGCACGACCUGCAAAUGCAAGAAUGGAAGUGUCUGCUGUUCUGUGGAUUUAGAAUGUCUUCACAAUAACUGAAGUAUUUAGCAUGGACGUAUCAGGGUGAGGAAAACAUCGGACACAGUGAUCAUUCAGAAUUAUGAAGAAGUUGGUAUUUUAUACCACAGACAAUUACCAAAGGCUCAAGCAAAGGAAGAUUUUUGGGAGCUGCCUUUUGGGACCCACCACUUUGCUCAUUCUUGCUAACCUAGUCUAGGUGACUUGCAGUCCAACACAUAUAAGUCUAUGAUUGUUUUUAAAAAAGUCUCCCAUGUUGUAAAUCACCAAUCUCCCGUAUCAGGUCAUUUGAAAAAAAAAAAAAACUGAAAUGAUUUCAUGGUAAACUUGGCUGUGUUUUUUGGUUUACUUUGUGUAUUUACAUGAGAGAAACUCGUUGCCUCCCUUCCUUUUUAAUUUCUGGAGCUAGAGUCUAGAUUCUACCAAUAAAGCUUCCUGGUGUGACUUUUGUCCCAUACACUGCAUCCUUAGUUCUGAUGUUCCUGUCAGAUGUAGUAAUAUAAAUAUGUAUGUUUGUAUAGUCAGAGUCCUGAGUAGUACCCCUUUGUCCUUGCUCCUGAAACACUUCAACAACUCUUUCACAAAUACAGACUCUAGGCAAUCAAGAUGGAAUUGAGUGAUGUAGGUAAGGAAGGCAGGAUUGGCAGGGAUAAAAGCCAGAAACUUUGUAAAGUGAUGAAAAGUAGCUUGCCCACAAAGGACAGCUACACUUCAGUAUUCCAAGUGAUCUACAAUCUCCUUAAUAUUGAUGCCCAUUCUAGUAACACAGUUUACAAUCCAUUCCUUACCUCCAUCCUAUGCAAUGAAUUCUUAGCCAUGCAAAUGGAAGAAAUGUGGAAAGUCAUAAACAAAUCCCAGAACCAAUAAAACAACAGUAUACAAAUGAAGGCAUGAAGGCAAGGAUACAGAACACUGGAACUUUUUUUUUUCUUCCCCUACCUGGGACUGUGAUUUGAUUACUGUGGGGAACUCUGGAUAUGGGAACUCCGUCCACACACUCAGAUAAACAAAUCUCUGUAACAUAUUUCAAAAGCAGUGUUCUUAACCUUUUUUGGGUCAUCGACCCCUUUGGCAUUACAGUGAAACCUAUGGACCACUUCACAGAAAGAUUUUUCAAUUCACAAAAUAAUUUAAAUAGGAUUGUGAAGAAAACAAAUAUAUUGAAAUAUUUUAAAAAUCAAAAUCACAGACCUCAUGAAAUCUAUCCACAAACUUACUAGAAAGUUUAUGUAAUCCAGGAUACAAACCUCUGCUUAAGAAGGUUGCUGAAAGGGACUAAGAGAUGACAUGCCCUUGGGCUCUUUGGUCACACAACCAGUAUGUUUGGAGAUCGGCUUUGAACCCAGGUCUUCCUGGCUCCCAUGCUAGCCUCAUAUACAGUAUGUCAUACUGCCUUUCUUGAAACUAUAACAUCGAUAAAUAAUAAAGAAUUUUAUAUCUAUUAUCUUAUCCAGUCUUCACAAUGACCUUGUUAGAUAAGAUGGCCACAUUAUUCUCCUUUUAAAGAUGAGGAAGCUGAAAUAUGAGUGAGAGAUAAAGUGACUCACCAAGUACAAAUACCGAUUACAGUCAAUCGAUAACAAAUAUGAAAAUGGAAUACAUUGUGUUUUGUUUCCUAGACUACAGCCCCUGCUGUGAUAUACUGCCUCUCUCCAUAAGGCAAUCGGAAGACCCCAUUUAAAUAGGAUUAGCCCUACUAGUAAUAUUUUUGCUGUAAGUCAAGGUUUCCAUCUGAUUUGUUGCUGCAAUGGUAGUUAUUGAAUUUUGACUACAGAUUCAACAAAAGGGGCAAAUCAUUUUGUGUUUUAUUCAAUAAGUCUAAUUUAUGGUAGCAUUUCAAGCAAAUGACACCUCAGAAGUUAGUUUUAUUUAACAUUUUAAUUUCCAUUAAGUUUAAGUAUUUAUGAACCAAUUGAGUUGAUUUUUGUAAAAUUCUCCGGACAUUCAGAAAGACUUCAUUUGUUAAUGCAGUCAUGUACAAAAUGUUACCUGAAGACCUAAAUCUGAACUCAAGCAGUAAUUAAAAUGUGUAAACCUCCAAUGCAAUGAUUUCCUGAGGUUUGCUCAAUGGAGAUGUGAACUCUAAAGUUGUUACCAGUUAAGAGCAUUGAAACCAUCCUGGACAGGAUAUCAAACGUAGAGUUUCAGUGCCACAUUUAAUAUCUACUGCUGAGUUCUGGCAUAAUUAGCAUACUUCUACUUUAUGCUCAUAUUUUAGAUGAAGCAGAAUGAGGAAGGUAGAUUAUUCCUAAAAUAAUCCAGUUGCUACAUUUUGAAAAUACCUAACAUUCCCACGGUGCUGUGAGGUUUACAAAGAACGUUACAUAUGCAAUCUCAUUUGAUCUUCACAACAACCUUGUGAAGUCAGCACUAUUAUCUCUAUGUUACAAAUUAGAAAAACUAGGUUGGGAAAGGUUCAGUGAUCCAGCAAGGGUCAUACAACUUUUAUAAAUGUCUGAGUCAGAAUUUAAACUCAGAGCCACCUGACUUUAAGUCCCCCUUUUCUAUCUACUAUUCAUUCCACUUAGCUGAUCUAAUUUAGGAUACCUGAGAGAAUAAGUUGUACAUUUUCACUGAAAAAGAGCAAAUCUGUGAGGUUGCUAUGUGGCUGUGUAUGUUGAAUAAACUCGAGUUGUUAACUUUAAAUCCUAGAUAUUUAACAUCACUUCCCAAUGAUCUGAAAAAUCCUAAUCUUGUUAGAAAUCAUUUGGGGAUUUUUUUUUUAAUCUACGCCAUCAUCCAAUGAGUACUCCUUUAAAAACACACAUAUAUUGUAUAAGGGAAGUCCUAAACCCUUACAUUUGAUGCAUUCAGUUAUAAUCUUGGGUUCAAGUCCUGAUGCUAACCUAUAUUACCUUUGGACUUUGAGUAAGUCCUUCUCUGAGUCUCAGUUUUCUCCCGGGGAUCUCUUCUGACUCUAGUUAUGAUUCUGUGAUCAUCAGUUUAGGAAUGCCUGCCAGUGAGGUUGAUUUAUAAUUCAUCUCUUAGCUGGUCUUAGAGUUGCCAAGGGCUCUAAGAGGCUAAGUGAUUUGCCCACACUCACAAAGCUAAUUAUAACAGUCAAGACUUGAAUUCAGGUUGGGCCUCUGACAAAAGAAAACUCCAGAUUUCCGGGUCAAAGAGAAAUUGGCUGUGAUUACUCACAGGCCAGGCAGGCUGAAAAGAAGCCCAGUCACCCCCUGGGCCACACUGUAGCACAAACAGUGUGUCCUGGAAGCAGCGCUACACUUUAAGAAGGAGUAAAAAGCCAAGAAAUAGUAAGCCAGGAUGAGUAGGCAGAGAAGGCAGAAGACCAUCAAAAACUUCUUUGUGGGAAAGGUAGACAAAAGAAAACUCCAAAGCAUAUCCCCUAGCCUUUAUGCCACAUUGCUCCUCAAUGGAAAUAUAUGACCAUAAUAAAACAGCAAAAUUUAAUAAACAACCAGAUCCUGAUAAUAAGAUAAUUAUGUUCCAAGAUAAAAUAUGACUGCAAUAAAACAGUUGGACUUAAAAUUCAGCCAGAAUCCACCAAUAAGGGAAACUAUUUGGGCAUCUUAGCAGUCAUGAGUUUAGAGACAUGAGUUUAGAGAUAAAAACAACAAUUCAUGGGGCAGCUAGGUGGCACAGUGGAUAGAGCACUGGCCCUGGAGUCAGGAGGACCUGAGUUCAAAUCCGGCCUCAGACACUUAACACUUACUAGCUGUGUGACCCUGGGCAAGUCACUUAGCCCCAAUUGCCUCGCCAAAAAAAUAAAAAAUAACAAUUGAUAAAUACAGGAUUUCUUCCAAAGGAAUUUCAGUAGGCAUUAUGAUAUGAUUUUCACAAGAGAAGGAAAGAUCACUUGAUGACUCACAGCAGGAAUAUAUUAAUUGCUGAAAGGCCAGAAUUCAUCUGUAGGUACCUAAAUGUUAGAAGACUGCUAAUUGCUUCCCAGAAAAAGGUCUGACUGAUGCAAAGGAUUAGAAUCAAUAAAAGAUCAAUUGGAAAGCAUCUAAUCCAAACUUCUUAUUUUACAAAUGAGCCAGUUAAGACAAAGAGAUGGGAAGAGACUUGCCCAAAAGCACAACGCAGUUGAAUAGGCAAGCUGGGACUAGAAUCCAGGUCUUCUGAUUUUGAAUCCACAUAACUACAUGGCUAGGGCACAUAACUAAUGACUCAGACAAUUUCUAAUUUUAGAGUUAGCUCAUCAUACUCCUACUAAGAGAAGGUGCUAAAAAAUCUUGCUUGUAAUGUAACUGUAUCUAUAAACAGAAAGUGGUGGGUGCCUAUUUAAAUGUAAGAAAGAGAAUAAUGGAUAAUAUAACAUAAUCCCCAUUAAAAGCCCAUUUUUGUAACCAUAAUUUCUUUUAAAGAAAAUCUCAGAGUAUCAAGGAAUAAUUUUACUCAGCUUCAUAUUUUGUAGGCGAAUAAAAGCUUUUUCAAAACACAGGUUCUCAUUUUUUACCUCAUCUCUCCCUAUUCAGGCUUUUUGACAAUGAAGUAAAAACUCUAGUGUUUAAAGCUCAUUUUACAUUGGGCAUAUUGUCUUCUUAUUCUUCAUUUUUUCCUAUUAAAACAUUUUUGACUGGACCUUUGAUUUCAUUAGUAUAGACAGUUCCCAUUAAGGACAUCCUCUACCAAGGCAGAGUGGCACUCUCUUUGUGAAUCAUACAUAGUGUUAAGUGCUUGUACCCUGAAAGAGUAAGAGAUCAAUGGUCGUGCCAAAGGUCACACGGUCAAAAUAUGAUAAAGGUGGGAUUUAGAGCCAUUCUACUUGAAUCUUAGGUCGGUCCUAUCACUCUACCCAUUGUGCUACCUUUCCUCUCAUUUCUACCAGUAUAUAAGUACCCACAAUGUGCAAACACUGUUCCAUAUGAUGGUUAGGAGACAAUAAAAAUGACAAACAUUGCCCCUUGUUGAAUUUGAAAAAUAAAAUAUGUUCCUGAAAUAAUGAGAGAAUGAUGGUGUGUUAACCUGGUAGUAAUCCUGGAGGUUCACCUAGUCCAACCCACACAUUACGUAAAGAAAGACAAUGACAUGCAAAAAAUUAAAGUGAUCUACCAAUUUUCAGAACACUACUGAACUGAUGAGCCAGUUCUUCUGACUACACUCUAGAGUUCUUUCCACUAGGCUAGUUCCUACAAGAGUAAAAGGUAGAUUGUGUGACCCAUCAGUGUCCAAAAUGGUUUAAUAUGAAGUGAGUCCUGGAAACUCUUCGCUCUAACUGAACAAUCCUUAUAUGAAGUCCUAGUUCUAUCCCCUUGGCAUUUGGAUCAUGUCUUUGGUGACCUCUGUUUUUGGUCUGGGUUUUCCUGUCAGAGAUAUAGGUCUCAACCUCUUUACUUUUUCAUAGAUAAUCUUUGAGAGGUGCUGUGGCUGAGAAUCCCAUGGCCCUGUGGCCAACACGAGGAGCCUCUAUGAACCAAGCCAAGCUCUCUCUCAGAUCACUGGCAUGAAUCCCUUCCCUGGACCCAACUGGGCUUUCACAGCUGAGUACGCCCUACCAGAGAAAAUUCUUUGCUUGGCAUAUCCUUCAAGAACUCAAAGCUGGCUCCAUGCAGUGUGAUUUUAUUGGAGGCUUAAUCAAUGAAGCAUAAAACAAGCAUUUAUGAAUCACCUACUAAGGUCCAGGCUCUGUGCUAUGUUAGGGUUGCCAAGACAAAAAUUAAAAAGUCCCUACCCUCAAAAAGCUUACUUUCUAGGGAACAAACAGGAUGUAUACAUACAAAUAUAUACAAAAUAAAACACAACUUUUGGUGGCCAAAAGCUUCAUGGAGAACUUGGUUCUUCUGCUGAGCUCUGACAACAGAAGGAAUCCUAAGUUGCAGACUUGAAGAGCGAAGGUAUUCAAGGAAUAAGGGACAGCCAGUGCAAAGGCAUGGAAAUGAGAGUUUGAGUGCCCUGUCUUUUUUUUGGUGGGGCAAUGAAGGUUAAAUAACUUGCCCAGGGUCACACAGAUAGUAAGUGUCAAGUGUCUGAGGCCAGAUUUGAACUCAGGUCCUCCUGAAUCCAAGACUGGAACUUUAUGCACUGUGCCACCUAGCUGGCCCCUGGAGUCUUAUGUAAGGAAUAGCAAGGUUAAUUUGGCUGGAGCAUAGAGUGCAUUCAUUCAUUCAUUUAUGAGAUGAUUGACUCAUCUCACAAAGGCUUAUUUUAUUGCUUAAGUUCAGAAUAAAAUAAAUUUUUUAAAAAGUAGGAAUAUUUCAAAUAGAUGUCAAACCGGAGGAGUGGCCACCCUCUGAAGUAAAACAAGUAUUUUUUUUUUUUUUAUUUAACUGUCAAGUGAAUUCCAGACUGUUGGAGGUGGAUUCCCAUGGUGGUAUGCAUCAUAGUUGAUGUGUCUCUUCUUGGGAGAAUUUCUCAACAUAAAGUAUUUCACUUAAUUAGCAGUCACUUUCCAAUCUCGUCCUCAUUUCUUAAAAUAGGAAUAACUUACCGCAAGAAGCACAGUCCUACUUUAAGAGCUGAGCAGUGGAGUGCCAAGGCAGGAUCCUUGAACAGCAGCAGCAUAAAUUUCAAAUGUGAUGAGUCAGGAGUUGUGUGGGAAAACUCACCCAGUAAAAGUGCUAAUUAUGGAUGAGGAUCCUUAGCCUGUGACAAUUACAUCCUUUUGUGACAUUCUAACUUGUUAUGAGGAUGAAAGAUUACUGAAGGCGGGUGAGUGUUGGAUGGGGGAGCAUUUCUUUUGAAGGCUAUAGGACCCUGAACCUAGUAAAUAUUCUAUAAAUGUGGGUUAACUUGAGCUGAUAUGGAUUUACUGGAAUUGGUCAUCAUGAUUCUCAUUACAAAAUCAAUGUUUAUAUUUAGCUUUAAGGUUUUUAAGCACAUUACAUGCUAUAUCACUUCUGACUAACAACAACACCUUGAGGAAAGUGCUACUGAUGUCCUUGACCCAUUUUACAGAUUAGGCAAUUAAGACUCAAGUACUUACGUAAUUUUCCCUGGAUGACAAAACCAAUAAGUAUCUGAGGAAGAAUUCGACCCCAAUUCUUCUUAAUACUAAGUUCACUACUCUAGCCACUACCAAGAUAGCAGGAUUUUUCGAAAGGAGGGAUCUCCAAAUAUUACAGGGAUGGAACGGAAAACAAAACAAACAAAAAAUCUAAAGGAAUUCAGAAAGAGAAACAGAGAACAGGAAAUUUUAAACAUCGUCGUGAGUGUGCUUUCUCGGUCUGUCUCUCUGGCUUGCUAUUUUUGACCCCCAAGGGUCUAGAGUACCUCGAGGAGUCUAGGGGUAGUUUUUGUCUAUUUGUUCCAGCCCCCACUGUUAGAGCACCAAUAACAUUUGAGUACUCAAUAUAAAAUUAUUUUUUCUUUAGACAUAUAGCAAGAACAAAUGUGCAAUCACUUCCUUCAGUACCUCCAGGACAUGUCACUAUACCAGCUCCAUCUCUGGGGAAAUAGGUUCAGUAUUUAGCUCCAUUCCUACUUAGCACUGGUCCCACCAAAUUUGUGCCCCAAGUUAUAGUAGACUGAUAAAAAGCCCCCAUCACAGAAUGAAAAGAUGAUCAUAAGUCAUAUUUGCAAUCAGUCCCAGUCCUUGUACCGUAGGGAUGUUCUGGCUUCAAAGCCAACUCCCAGAUCUCUGUUGCUCAUUCCACCAUCAAUGGGGAUUUCACUCACUGCAGCUCAAAUUGGAAAAAAGGCCAAGGAUGCAGGUCCAUAUGUUAGGGCCCAUAUGCCUUCAGAAGAGGGAAGAAGGCCCUUAAGCCAUUCUCCAUUACUAGAUAUUGAUCCUCCACAGAUAUAAGUGAAGCAAAGAGUCAGGCAAGGCUACCUGGGGCCUUUUGAAGAUAUGGAGAGUUCCAGCUAUGCUGCUAGAAAAAUUCUCUUGCCAACCCAGUGGGUUAGCCAACCAGAACCAGCUUUGGAAUAUCUUCACAUGCUUCACAGUAUAUACAAGGUACUUAUACAUCAUUUCAGUUCUUCUGAAAGGCGUUUCUUUAGCUUUUCCAUGUGGAGAACAUGCAUUAGCUGUUGCUGGGGCCUGAAUGUGCAGCAGACCACCAUGAUAUCAUGGUGCUUGCAUUCUUUGAAGUAUGACUUGGGAUCAUUUUUUCACUUUGCGACAGGAUCUAUACAUUAACAUACUGUCAUUUGGGCCAUUAGAAGGACCUUUUGGGGAUAGAGAAAUGGGAGGAUUUCUGCUAUUAAAAUGCUUUUACCUCCACCCACACCCUGACCAAUUAGUUGACAUCUUGAAAAGACAAAUGAUUCAGACUCUAGUUAUUAGGUCUUAUCAGUCUCGGGACAAAGAAUGUUUUCAGUAUUGUCCAUUUCUAAUAGAAGAUGUGAAUUAUGAAAAGUUUAUUGACCAUUGGUUUUGUUUGGAAUUCCAACACUUGCAGCUAGAAUAAGUGUGAAAUCAUCCUGGCUUCUGAGAUGUAUUACUUGGUCAUCAUAAAAAAAAAAAAUUCAAGUUUUGGGGAUGGUUCAUCUGUGAUCUUAUCAGUAUGGGGAAUUUCCAGUGUGAAGUAUCCUUCUUCCCAUGGAGAUUAGUAACUUAUAUGGAACUAGAAAUCUUUAAGAGGUACCUACAAAGAGCCUAGUGGGACAUACCUGCUAUUCAUGGAGACAAGGGGUUGAGUUCAGGGACUAAAGGUUCAGCCCUAAAGCUGACUGGGUGAACAUACUUAAGUCUGACACUAAUAAGCUGAGCCCCCAGGAGCAGGGGGGACCAAGCUGCCAAAAGUAAAGUGAACUAACUCAGCUUAGGAGAAUGGAGCAGGUUAAAGUUUCCAUGCCAAUCAGCAGUGGGAUCUGGCCCAUGAGUGGCUGCAUUACAUUCAGCCUGGGAGAGACAGGGAAACCACUUCCAGGGACUGGAUUUGGGCAUUUCAAAGAGUCCACACCUGCUGUUUGGACCAAGCUAUUCUCAAUUCCUUGGUUUUGGGCCCAGUCCAUCUGUGUUUUGCUCACAUCUAGUCAUCAUCUCUGCUCAGACCACAGUCUUCAUCCCCACCGUCCUCUGCUCAGCUCCAUCCUCUAAGUGACGGCUGCAAGCUAUUCAAGCACUCUGCUCUUGAGUGAGAGAGAAUGGAGAUGAAUUCCCUUUGUCUGUUUCUCCUCCUGAUCAUUUCAGCUCAUCUGGGCAAAUCCCCUUCAAAACCACUAGGCAGAGAUCAAAAAUACUUAGAACAAUAUCCAAGAUAACCUGUGCCCUCCCUAGCCUUUAAGUCAUUCUUUUUCUAAUAGGCAUGUCCUUAGGACAGCGUGAUAGAAAAUAAAAACUAGAUUUUGCGUAUUUGCAAUGUUUCAUGGAAAACCUUCCUCAAAUACAGACUCGACCAGAUGGUCUGAGGUUCCUUCUACCCCAAGAGACUCAGCAAUUAUGUAAUAAUAACUGGUAUUUAUAUAGCACUUUGGGGAUUGCAAUGUGCUUCAUAAAUACGGGACCUCGUUUUAUCUUCACAACAACCUGAUGAAGUAGAAGCCACUUAGUGUCAUCCCAAUUUUAGAGAUGAGGAAACUGAUGCAGGAAAAGUUCACGUGUGAAGCAGUUCAUAGGCAUUUUGGACUCGGGUCUAACUGAAUGCAGGGCUAGUCCCUUCCCUCUGCUGGUUAUUUCCUCUUUAUCAUGUACAUAACCUGUUCGUACCUGUUUGUUGGCUUGUUGCCUCCUCCCGAGGUUGUGAGCUUCAUGAGAGCAGGAACCCUCUUUUGCCUCUU